AUGGCUGCUAUGCCUGUCUGUCUCAAUUUUGUCGUGGGUCCAAUCCAAAUGCUUAAACUAUAUGGCAUUCCUUACUGGGUACCUGAUGCUGUAACUAUAUUUGUAAUGUGGUUGGAUUUCGUGACUUACUUGCAUCACCAUGGCCAUGAAGACAAGCUCCCUUGGUACCGUGGAAAGAACGUCGAACCUGCAAUUAGAGAAUCCAUUGGAGACGACGAAUUAUCAUCAGAAUCCCGCGGCGAGUUCCUAGAAGUAGGAGGAGGAGUACUAUUCGUCGUCGUCGUCAUUAGAACUUCGGAGCUGUCAGAGAACACGCCACCGUCAAAUCUCAUCGGAGAAGAAAUAGUGGGAAAGAAGAAGGGUACAAUGGAGGUGAGGUAUUCUGAAUCUAAUGGCUACGAAGGUGUUGAUGACAUCCAACGGGGACAAGGUUUCCCGGAACAUCGCUAUCCAGCUAGCCAAACACGGUUGGUUUUGUUGGGAGAUGAGGCUUCUCUAAGGAGCAUUGUGGACCACAUACGAGUGUCUGUAGAUGGAGCCUUCCCAGUGUUGCUCAUUGGAGUCGACAUGGAAGAUGAUAGUGAGGAAGCUUUCUAUGUUGCUGUCCAAAAGGCAUGGACUUGUCUGGGCUCUUUGGAUGCUUUUAUCAAUUGCUAUACCUACCAAGGAAAGAUGCAGGACAUUCUUCAAGUCCCUGAAGGUGAAUUCAAGAAAAUCACAAAGAUCAAUCUCACAGCUCCAUGGUAUCUAUUGAAGGCUGUGGCAAGUACGAUGAAGGAGCAUGGAGCAGGAGGAUCCAUUGUCUUUUUGGCCACGAUCGCUAGUGGGGAGAGAGGACUUUACCCUGGAGCUGAUGCCUAUGCUACAGCCGCAGCUGGAAUUCACCAGCUGGUUCGGGUAAACAUCUUCUUACAUUUCCUAAUCUGCAAGGCUUGUCAUGUUAUAGACAAUUUAGUUCAAGUUUUAAUAAAAGUCUUUUUUUCCAAGUUUAGAAUUUAUGUUAUGUAA